UUUGGACGUUGUAUCAGCGACAGGCUUCAAGUAUGAGUGCUCAACGCGGUGGGCGUCAGCCGGAGAAUCCGGGGAGUGGUCAGGACACCGAGGGGCAAUGCUGUUUUACGAAGACUUCAAGACGAAACGUAAUUACAGCAAUUACCAGGAAAAAUCUAAACUCAAAUGGGAAGUUCCUUAAAAUCUGGAAUGCAAUACUUCUGGCAUCGUGUGUGUAUGCAAUAGCGGUGGACCCUUUGUUCUUCUUCGUUCUUGUGAUCAACGAAGACAAAAAGUGCCUACAGUUUCACAACAAAAUAUAUUUCAUAGCUAUUGCUUUGCGAUCGGUUGCGGAUUUGAUAUCUCUUGCCAAUAUCAUUUUUGAAAUCCGUACAUCUUAUCUUGACAAAAAGAAAGCUGAACUUGGAGAAAUUGAAAUGGUUGGAAAUGCGAAGAGGUAUUUGAGGACUUACUUCCUAGUUGAUGUUCUGGCAAUUCUUCCUCUCCCACAGGUCUUAUUUCGAAUAUUCAUCUUUAGAGAAAUGAGAAGCUCAAAAUAUUCAGGUAUAAGGAAAAUCCUCAAUGCUCUUAUCCUUCUCCAAUAUGUGCCAAGAGCUCUCCGAAUUUAUGGGUCAUGGGAGAAAUUUAGCCUGACCAACAAGAAACUUGAUCAAGAUCAACGGUUUAAAUGCCUAUUUAAUCUCACUCUAUACACCCUUGCCGCUCAAGUAAGUUGAUUACCAAUUUCAUACUCAUUUUAUGCCACCUAAAUAUUUUUAUUGUUUAUCUAGUUUUACUUUGGCGAGUCUCACAUUAAGUUUUAAAUGUACGUAGGUGUCAAUUCAUGAAUAAACAUUGACAAAUUACAUGCAUGCAUUUCACACACAUAUAUGUAAUACUUCUGUGUCAAUGUAUUAUGUAUAGAUAUAUUUUAUGCUUAUAACCUGUGAACAACCUGCAAUUUUGCGUGGACCCUUAUGGUUUGAAAUUCUUUUGUACA